UUCAAAAUGGCAACAGGAAGAAAACAGAUGAAGAAAAAACUUAUGGAGGAUAAACCUGAGAAAAAAAAUGUUUUUGAUUUUAAUCAAGAAGACGAAAAAAAAGAGUUCAGUGGUUCAGAAGAUGAAAUCAGAGAAGAUGAAACUCCAAUUGUGGAAAAGGUGGCAAAAAAGAGAUCUGCUGCUGACUUGGGAGAGGAUGGAGUGACUGGUGUUGGAAAUGAGGUGCAGUCUAUGUUGGAAAGAUUUGGGGCUGAUAUUAGCAAGGUGAUGCAGGCCAAGAAGAAACGCCUGGAGUGUCUCACAAAGAAUUACAUGAAGGGCAGCCAACACAAACUGGAGCAGCUGUGGCACAACUACCACGGACAGAGGAAGAAGAUGAGUCAGCAGUACUCGCAGCAGGUGUCAUCUGCGCUGCAGCAGUGGGAGAUCGAAGCCCAGCGAGCAGAGGAGCAGGAGGAGAAGCUCAACAAUCUUUUCCGGCAGCAGCAGAAAGUCCUGCAGCAGGCCCGAGUUGUUCAGAACCAGAAGCUGAAAACCGUCAGAGAGCUUUACGAGCAGUUUGUGAAGAACAUGGAAGACAUGGAGAAGAGCCACGAGACCUUCCUGCAGGGAGCGCAACAAGAGCUGAGGAAGGAGAUGGCCACCCUGCAGAAGAAGAUCCUCAUGGACACGCAACAGCAAGAGAUGGCCACCGUCCGCAAGUCACUGCAGUCCAUGCUGUUCUAGCCUGCCAAAAAUUCACUUUUCCUAGAUGUUUUAUGAGGAAUGUUUAUUUUUUUAUUCACAUUUGUUUGUUCACUUUGUCAUAGUAAUUAUUAGUAAUAUAUUAGUAUUAUACGUUCAUUUCGGCGAAGAUAUAGAGUUCACGCUGCUUUGUUCGUCACGCUGUUUGAAGUGAGCUCAAUAAAUAAUACUUUUCAGUUUUGUGUUGUCAUUGAUUUGUUAGUGGGAGCAAAAAAGACUUAGAAAUAAUAAAGGUCACUUCAUUUCGCGUAGUUUAAAAAAAUAAAUGCAU